AUGCAGUCCAAACGCGAGUGUGAGCAAUGGUGUGAGAGGGUGAAUCCAGAAAACAAGGCGGCCCUGGAGGCGUGGGUCAGGGAGACGGGCAUCCGCCUGGUGCAGGUGAACGGGCAGAGGAAGUAUGGCGGGCCACCUCCAGGCUGGGUGGGCAGCCCGCCGCCGGCAGGGUCCGAGGUAUUUAUCGGAAGGCUGCCCCAGGAUGUGUAUGAGCACCAGCUGAUCCCGCUGUUCCAGCGCGUGGGCCGCCUCUACGAGUUCCGUCUCAUGAUGACCUUCAGCGGCCUCAAUCGCGGCUUCGCCUACGCGCGCUACAGCUCGCGGCGCGGUGCCCAGGCCGCCAUCGCCACGCUGCAUAACCACCUCCUGCGGCCCUCCUGCCCGCUGCUGGUGUGCCGCAGCACGGAGAAGUGCGAGCUGAGCGUGGAUGGGCUGCCGUCGAGUGUGACCCGCCGCGCGCUGCUGCUGGCACUGCAGCCGCUGGGCCCCGGCCUCCAGGAAGCACUGCUGCUGCCCAGUCCCGGGUCGACAGCAACUCAAAUUGCGCUGCUCAAGUUCAGUUCCCAUCGCGCAGCCGCCAUGGCCAAAAAGGCCUUAGUGGAAGGGCAGUCACGCCUCUGUGGAGAACCAGUGACUGUGGAGUGGCUCAAGCCAGACCUGAAGCAGCUACUGCGUCCCCAGCUCAUGAGUCCCUCCCUGCAGCGCCUACAGCCAAAUAGUAGUCAGCUGGCCCUGGCUAAGAACAAGCUGGGGUCCCAAGGGCCUCGAGCCGCCCUGCAGAUGCUGUGCCAACGAAUGAAGCUAGGCAGCCCAGUGUUCCUCACCAAGUGUUUGGACACAGGACCUGCUGGCUGGCAUCGCUUCUGGUACCAAGUAGUGAUCCCUGGGCAUCCAGUGCCUUUCAGUGGCCUCAUCUGGGUUGUGCUGACUCCAGAUGGGCAGGAUGGUCAUGAAGUGGCCAAGGAUGCUGUUUCUACACAGCUGCUAGAAGCACUGAGUGAGUCUGAGGCCAGCUUCUUGUGGUCUGGUGGGGCUGAGGCGGGUACUAUAUUGAAGCAGUAACAUCCUU